CGACUGCCCUGGAUGGAGAUUCUAAUUAUAAGUCGAAGCCUUUCAAGUGGUCUGCUAAUUAAUUGGAUGCUAGGAAUAGCAUCCUUUCGGAGUCAAAUGGGGUAUAAAAGCAAGCUGUGCUGGGGUAGACCAGCAUAGAAAGCAGAAUGAAUCCCAAGAGCGAGGUCCUUGUUGCUGCCGUGCUUCUCCUUCUGCUGGCCUGCGUCCAGUGUCAACUGACAUUCUCGCCGGACUGGGGCAAGAGAUCAGUGGGUGGUGCCAGCGGCGGGUCAGGAUCCUUCUUCGAGCCCUCUCAAGGCAACUGCAAAACCUCCAACGAAAUGCUCCUCGAAAUCUUUCGCUUCGUUCAGUCACAGGCACAGCUCUUCCUCGACUGCAAGCACCGUGAAUAGAAACAGGAUUCAACUUCGGAUCUCGGAUUAUGUCUAGCACACACACACACACAUGCACUAUCUAUAUACCCAUGUAUCUAUAUAUAUUUAUAAUCGCACGUUAUCGAGGUAGUCGUAGUCGGCAUUUAGAUUUAGAGGAAUUUCCGUUUUCGAACAAUAAAUAAGCGCAUCCAAAAUGUAA